CCCUUCAGAGUUUUUUCUUCCGGUUGUGCUUCAGUAGAUUGGUCGUAGUAGAAACUGCUAGAAACUUGUCAAAGUGUGAUUGAGAGUGUCGAAUGAAUGCAGAACAAAACAUAUAGAGAGGUUUUCGUCGCCCCGUCGACGUUUUACAUUUAAGAGUUAAUCACAGAGCCAAAAUUUCAGGUCUAUUUCCCCUCUUUUUAUUUAUUGUUAGCUAAAAAGCCGUUCCGCUUUAGCAUGUUUUUCUGACGAUGGCGUGCACUGUCACCAGGGAAGUCGUUUCUCUCAAGUGUUUACACGCUGAAGUAACGCAAAAGUUGUACUUAUAGCGGUCUAUGUUUUGUGAACCUCUGACAAAUCGAACCGGCGUGUUACUGAAUGUUGUUGAAUGCGUGAAUGAGCGGAUGCCAACGAAGGAAAAGUAACGCCGUGUGAUGUUUGGCUUGGAGCUGAGUUCAAGGUCCAGCUCAGAGUAGAGAGAAAUACACACACUAACUUACUCAACAUUAUAUCACGCCGGUUUCACAAUGUCAGAGCCUUCUGACAGUCGCACCAAGACGUUAAAUUUCAACAUCGGGGUCCUCGGGCAUGUCGACAGCGGGAAGACAUCGCUCGCCAGGGCGCUGAGCAGCACCGCCUCCACGGCUGCCUUCGACAAGAACCCACAGUCCCGUGAGAGAGGCAUCACGCUGGACCUCGGCUUCUCCUCCUUCACGGUGGAUCUUCCUGAUCAUCUGCGGGACAGCGAGGGCCAGAAGCAGUAUGACAGCCUGCAGUUCACCCUGGUGGAUUGUCCGGGUCACGCCUCCCUUAUUCGGACUAUCAUCGGAGGUGCCCAAAUCAUUGACCUGAUGAUGCUGGUGGUGGACGUGGUGAAAGGUGUGCAGACUCAGACAGCAGAGUGUCUGCUGAUAGGCGAGCUGACCUGCCCUCGCAUGGUAGUCGUCCUGAACAAAAUUGACCUACUACCACCCAACAAGAAACAAGGUGCCAUUGAGAAAAUGACCAAGCGACUUCACAAAACACUGGAGAACACCAGAUUUAAGGAAUGUCCAGUGAUUGCUGUGGCAGCGAAGCCUGGGGGCCCAGAGGCUCCUGACACAGAGGAGCCACAUGGAGUGCCAGAGUUAAUAGAGCUUUUGAAGAAACAGACAUACCUCCCGCAGAGAGACCCCGGGGGUGACCUUCUGAUGGCUGUGGAUCACUGCUUCUCCAUUCGUGGUCAGGGAACAGUCAUGACUGGAACCAUCCUGCAGGGGUCGUUGGCCAUCAAUGACACCGUGGAAAUCCCAGCGCUAAAGGUGACCAAGAAGAUAAAGUCGGUGCAGAUGUUUCGGAAGCCAGUAUCUGGGGCCAUGCAGGGGGAUCGUGUGGGUGUGUGCGUGACGCAGUUUGACCCUAAACUGCUAGAGCGGGGUGUGGUGUGCACCCCGGGGUCCCUGCGCACCCUCUAUGCAGCUGUCAUCUCCGUGAGGAAGAUAGGCUACUUCAAGGGCUCUCUUGCCACUCGUGCCAAGUUCCACAUCACCGUGGGUCACGAGACAGUCAUGGCGAAGGUGACCUUCUUUGGCCUGCCACCUGCGGGUGCCUCAGAGUCCCCCUCAGACACUAAACCGCCACCACCGCAGCCCUGCUCACUGGAAACACCCUUCACCCUCGACAGGGAGUACUUCUACCAGGAUGAAUAUAUGAGUGGUCAGAGCGAGGCGAGUUCGGGACCUGACCCAGACCAAUGGGCCUUGUUGGAGUUUGAGCGGCCAGUCACGUGUCCCUUACUCUGCCUGGUGAUUGGUUCCAAGUUGGACACAGACAUCCAUGCCAAUGCAUGCCGACUGGCCUUCCAAGGCCGUCUGCUACAGGGGUUUGAAGAUAAAAGCUACGCUGAGACUUCCCUGCCCCAUCUGCGCAUCUACAAGACGAAACACAAGGAGGGACAGGUGGAAAGGGUGACUGAUGAUUACACUGUGAUCGGUCGCAACCUGUUCAAGAAGGAGACGAACCUCCAGCUCUUUGUGGGGUUGAAGGUUGUGCUGUCGACAGGCGAGACCGGCGUUAUCGAAGGCGGGUUCGGACAAAGCGGCAAGUUCAAGAUCAGGGUACAAGAGGGUCUUUGCCCAGAAACCAAGCAGUUGUUGUCCUCCACCACGAAGAAGAAAGGGAAGGGUGGAGGCAAAGGUGGACCAGCGAACGAAGAGGAGCCCAAAACAGAUUCGCAGCCUGUUAGCAUUAAUUUACAUUUCAAGCGCUAUGUCUUUGAUCCCCAUAAAAAGAUGGUUCAGUCUUGACACUGUGUCACGGUGCUUCAGACAGGCAGUUUCAGGGGUCCUGUAGAGGUGAGGGGAACACUGGCCUCUCUAUCGGGCAGUGUGAUAACCUUCUUCUAUCGGCCUCUUUUUCUGGGUUUGGAGACAGUCUGCUGAGAUGCAAUGAUUGUGGGAAUGCUGAACGCAUGUGAAACAAUGAUUGUUUUAUCUCCCUUUUAUGGAGAUGGACUUUAAUCCAGUUUGCAUCAUCACAUGGGUGGAAGCUGCUCCUCUGCUCCUGAUGCAUUUGAGUUCUCUUUACAUAAAUCAGUACUUUUGUUCUUCUGAAUCAAUUCUUUUGACUUGCAAAACCUUUUUUUAGUAUGUUUUCCUGUUCAGCUGAUCCUUGAUUGACAUAAACAUUUUACAAAUACUACACUGAGGUUUCCACCGGUUACAGGCUUUCCACCUGCUGCAAAGAACAUCAUUUUUUAAUUGAAUAAUUUGCCUAUUAUUCACACUUUUAAUCAUGUAGUCUGCAAAAUGGAAAAAAAAAAGUGAAAAAUGCUCAUCAUAACUUCCCUGAGCCCAAAGUUAUGCUUCUUAUGUUAAACCAACCGUCCAAAACCCAAAGAAAGGAAAUUUAUUGUCAUAAGCGACAAAGAAAAGCAUCAUUUACAAAGCUGUAACCAGCUAAUGUUAGACAUAUUUGUUUGAAAAAUUACUGAAAUUAUAAGUUGGUUAUCAGAAUAGUUCUUGAGCAAUUGAUCUCUGCUCUCACUCGCUGCUAGGAUUAAGGCCGUGGUAUGUUUCAGGCUUGGAUUCAUUUGGGGUUGCUUUGUGAUUUCAAAAAUAUUUGUUUAUAUUUUAGUGUUUUCAUUUCAUUACUUUCAUGGCUGCUUGCAUCAUUGCUUUGUACGCCGAGUAGCAAUUGCUUGAAUUAAGUUGGAUAUUGACAUUUUCAGAAAGAAAAAUAAAUCAAACUGAAACUCUA